CUGGAGAGAGGCUUCGGGACCCAAGAAAGGUUCUCCCCGGCCUGAGUGGGCGCACGCAGGUGUGCACCGCCCGCGUGAGGAGCCGCCAGCAUGAACUGGGCGUCCCUGCAGGGCCUCCUGAGCGGAGUCAACAAGUACUCCACGGCGCUCGGCCGCAUCUGGCUGUCGGUGGUGUUCAUAUUCCGGGUGCUGGUGUUCGUGGUGGCGGCGGAGGACGUGUGGGAUGACGAGCAGAAGGACUUCGUCUGCAACACCCGCCAGCCGGGCUGCCCCAACGUCUGCUACGACGAGUUCUUCCCCGUGUCCCACGUGCGCCUCUGGGCCCUGCAGCUCAUCCUGGUCACGUGCCCCUCGCUGCUGGUGGUCAUGCACGUGGCCUACCGGGAGGAGCGGGAGCGGAGGCACCGCCUGAAGCACGGGCCCAACGCCCCGUCCCUGUACGACAAUCCGAGCAAGAAGCGGGGCGGGCUCUGGUGGACGUACUUGCUGAGCCUCAUCUUCAAGGCCGCCGUGGACUCCGGCUUCCUCUACACCUUCCACCGCCUCUACGAGGGCCAUUACGACAUGCCCCGCGUGGUGGCCUGCUCCCAGCCGCCCUGCCCCCACACCGUGGACUGCUACAUCUCCCGACCCACGGAGAAGAAGGUCUUCACCUACUUCAUGGUGGCCACAGCGGUGGUCUGCAUCCUGCUCAACCUCAGUGAGGUCGCCUACCUGGUGGGCAAGAGGUGCCUGGAGAUCGUGGGCCCCAGGCGCCAUCGGUCUCGGCGCCGGAGUCGCCUGCAUGAUUCGUGCCCCCCGUAUGCCCUCUCCCAGGGAGACCACCCCCAAGAUGGGAACUCUGUCCUAAUGAAGGCCAGCUCGGCCGUGGUGGAUGCAGGUGGGUAUCCGUAACCUGUGAGGUUGGCAACUGGGACCACCGUGUCCCCCACCUGCUCCCUGAGGCCACACAGGACAGUGGCACUUUCUGCAGCAAGGCAUGCGAGGAAGGGGGCUGUGGGGCUCAUGAAGCCCAGCCAGGGGCCAGUACUGGGGGGCAGUUCUGUCUCAGGGUCCUGAGCCCCAGGGGAAGAAGGUUUAAUGGCAGGCAUUUUAUAUAUGGCAAUAGGGGAUGUCAAAACCCUUAAUAAAUAUGAUUGUCUCAGUACCUUGCAGACCAGGUGGGGAGUGAUGGGUAGGA